AUGGACAAGGCCUCGGAAACUCGCAUCGAGCACUUUGAUAUGGCGAGUGAAGAAGGCAGCCCCGAAGUCACCAACACCAACACCAACUUGAAGAUCACGCGGGAUAGCUACCUCGAGAACAAAAAGGGCAUUUUCGUAUGUUUAAUCAUCAGCAUGGCUCUCUUUGAGUUUGGUCUUGAUCAGGGCAUGGUGAACGGGUUUCAAGCGAUGCCUGGUUUUCUGCGUGACUUCGGAUAUCAGGACUCCAAACUUCCAGGUGGCUGGGGCAUAUCAACUACGGUGCAGCAGCUCAUCUCGUCGCUUGUCAGCGCUGGCAUGUUCUUCUCGACAUUUCUCACUGGUAUCAUUACCGACAAGACUGGCCGCAAAGGUGGUCUGUGGGUUGCUGUUGCGCUCAUGUUCAUCUCCGUCACCGUGCAGAUCGCCGCCAUUUCCGUCGGCGCUCUCUAUGCUGGUCGCCUCAUUCUAGGCUUCGCAAAUGGAUUGUUCUUGACUUGUGCCCAACUGUACAUGCAAGAGACCAUUCCAUCCAAUCUGCGCUCGCUUAGCUACACAUUCUACCAGUUCUGGAUCUCCUUCGGUGCGCUUCUUGGAACCGUCGUCAACAACGAGACUGCCAAGCUGUUCGAUAGGUCGUCGUACCGCAUUCCUUUGGGAGUCCUAUACAUCCCCGCAGCACUUCUGGGAGUCGCACUAUUCUUCCUCCCGGAAACUCCAAGACACAUUGCAUCCCACGGAAAUCCCGAGAAGGCGCAUCGAGCUCUGCGCUGGCUCCGAGACUCUUCUUACUCCGACAUGCAAGUCAAGGAGGAAAUGGCUGAGAUCACCCACUCGAUCGAGGUCGACAAAGAGAUGACUGAAAAGGUCGGGUACAUGGAGAUGUUUCGAAGCGCCAAUCUUGUCCGGACCCUGACAUCGCUCGGUCUUGGUCUCUUCAGUGCCGCCAACGGCGUACCCUUCGUCACCCAGUAUGGUAUCUAUUUCUUCAUGCUGUCCGGCGAUCAACAUCCGUUCCGCAGCGGAGUAAUCCUCCUCUGCGUCGGCCUUAUCGGCGCCAUGCUUACCCCAUUCUUCACCGGCAAAGUGGGCAAACGCUGGAUCCUCAUGAUUGGAGCUACCCUUCAAGCCUUCUGUAUGCUCGGUAUCGGUCUAGUCUACACUGUCCGCGGCAUCGAUCCCUUCGCUGGGCGCGUCAUUUUAUCUAUGACCGCUAUAUACCUGUUCGUCGCCUCUGGAACGACGUCGCCGUUUUCCUGGCAGGUCGCCACUGAAGUUCCGUCCCAACGUCUUCGUGGGCAUACGCUAGGAUUCGCCAGCUCUGUAACUUACCUUAUGGGGUGGAGCAUUACGUUCACCAUUCCCUACUUCAUCAAUCCCACUGCGCUCAACUGGGGUCCCAAGUAUGCUUACAUCUGGUUUGUCACGAACUUGCUCAUUGUGGUCUACACAUACUUUGUUGUUCCGGAGACGAACAAGCGCACUUUGGAGGAGAUCGAGGAGAUGUACAACCAGAAAGUCCCCGUUCGCAAAUUCCCGGCGUUUCAAUGCACGGCGUCGCUGCAGUCGCGGCUUGAGGCUGUUCGGGAGAGCAAGGGUAGCCAAGAGUAA